UCUCUCACUCAGUCUCUCUUGCCUUUCUACGUUUUGCAUCACUUUCUCUCAUCACUCGGUCCUCUCUCUCAAAUUUUUCUCACUCUUUCACGCUUUCCUAGAUGACCCAAAGAGAAAUUUUACCGCAAGAAAGCUAAGUGGUCUCCUUACCACAAGAAAACUAUAAGUUGUCUCCUCUAAUAAACGGGUUCAAAGAUUUUCCUGAGAGUCGAGUUGUACUUGGAGAAAAGGCAAUGUGGAGCAACGGCAAGAAUUUCCCCGCGAGGGGGUUCUCGACUCCGCCACCUGUACGGAAGCCCAGGCCGAUGAUGCCGCUGUCAGAGAGGAAGAGAUCGUCGCCUGCAAAUAAUGGUGAUCUCUUCCAUGUUAUACAUAAAGUGCCUGCUGGUGAUUCUCCCUAUGUCAGGGCCAAACAUGUUCAGUUGAUAGACAAGGAUCCGAACAGGGCAAUUUCCCUGUUCUGGGCUGCCAUAAAUGCCGGGGACAGAGUUGAUAGUGCCUUGAAAGACAUGUCAAUCGUGAUGAAACAAUUGGAUCGAUCUGAUGAGGCAAUUGAGGCUAUCAAAUCUUUCCGUCAUCUUUGCCCAUAUGAUUCUCAGGAAUCUCUCGACAAUGUGUUAGUCGAGCUCUACAAGAGAUCUGGAAGGAUUGAAGAAGAGAUUCAGAUGCUUCAGCUCAAAUUGAAGCGCAUUGAAGAUGGCAUAGCUUUUGGUGGAAGAAGGACAAAGACAGCUAGAUCUCAAGGAAAGAAGGUUCAGAUAACUAUUGAACAGGAAGUAUCUAGGAUACUAGGCAACUUGGCCUGGGCUUACUUGCAGCAAAGUAAUUAUAAAGCAGCUGAAGAACAUUACAGGAAAGCUUUAUCUCUGGAACCAGAUAAGAAUAAGCAGUGCAACUUGGCCAUCUGCUUGAUGCACAUGAACAAGAUUGCAGAAGCAGCAUCUCUGCUUCAUGACGUAAGAGUUUCAUCUGGAAAUAGACAGAUGGAUGAGUCUUAUGCCAAGUCAUAUGAACGUGCUCUUCAAAUGUUGACUGACCUGGAGUCACAGCCAGCGCCAUCAAAUGAACCCAGUAGAUUUUCCUUUGGUCAGAACCAAAUUGAGGACAAGGACAAUUUCUUUUGGCAUGGCAAUGAGACUCGACAAUGCAAAUCAUUUGGACAAAGAAUUAGUUUACAGUCCUCUCCUCAAACAUCUGCUGAUAAAUGCGUGAAAGAUCCUCACUUUGAAUACUCUGGCGACAGGAUGUCAGGGUUUUCCAACAGACUGAAGGAAAAUGGGGUUGGUUCAACUGGAACAGAAACAACACCUACUUGCAAAAAUGCAUAUUCUUCCCCUUCUUCCACUGGAAGGAACCUGAAUGUUUUAUUUACACAACCCAGAAGAUCGCCAUGGGGAAUUGACAAUGAAUAUCAGAGCAGGAAAAUAUUGGGAAAUGAUGCAGUUCGCAGUUCAAGUCGUAAACUUACAUUUGAGCCACCUGUAACCACUGAAAAUGUGCAAGCUGACUCAAUUCAUGAUGUUAAUGGGGACUGGAGGAGGUCAUGCAGAGAUCUAGCUAGAUUGAAAGGUGAAUCAGUGAUAAAAUCUAUGUCAAUGAAUUAUGCAAGAACAUCAGAAUCUUCCGUUGAUCGAGGUUGGGAUCAGAGUUCUGGAAUUACUAUUUCAGGUCAUGAGAAGCCAAUUACAAGUGAAGAAUCUUUCAGAAAGGGAAGCCCUGGUGUGCCAGAUGGUCUUCAUCGACCCUCUACAGAAAUUCUGCAGUCGUCACACGAUAACAAUAAGAAAAGUUGGGCAGAUAUGGUUGAGGAAGAAGAACAAGAAUUACAAAGUGGAAGCAUGUUAAACAAGUAUUCUGAUGGUUGGAAUGUUGAAGAAUAUAAUGAUGAAAAUCUGAAUACCAACAUAAUGUGUCAAAGUCCUUACCCAGAGAGUCAGAUUAAAAAUUUAAGCUACAAGUAUGAAUCAUUUGAUGUUAAAGAUCUAAACAGUACAUCUGGGGCUGGAGUUUUAUCAAGAAAUCCAGCAGUGCAGCGUUCUAUGAAUUUCAAUCAGCAGCAGAAGCCAGAGUCAACAGAUUACUCUUACUCCUCACCAAUGCCAAAAAUGGAUUUGAACUUUGAGGGCCGUGGAUCUGAGAAGGCAAAUGGAAGGGAUUAUUCUAUGUCUGAGGAGAAGGAAAAACUAAUGAGGAGAAACAGAUUACAGGUUUUCCGAGACAUAACUCCUUGACCAGAAAGUCCAGGCAGAGCUUGAAUGCCAGAGUUGUCCAUAGUCCGUACUGCAAUUUUAAGUGUUCUUUUAUUUUAAAUUGAUAUUUGGGUGUUAAAUAGCAUUGGUGGGUCAGUGUGAUUCAUUCUCUUUAUUCUUUUUUUCCUGCUCAUUGUUUCAUUUUACCUUAAGCUUUGUAUAUCUGCUAUUCAUCUGUUUACUGUAUGAAGCUUUCUUUCUAAUUGAAGUACACAGCACUGUUUGAUGGA